UCUAAAAAAAAUUGUAAAAUGGAGAAGGAAAAACCAACCAAGCCAAAGAAAAACAUGAUCUUGAAGUUUUUACCAAAAGCAGUAGCAGCAACAGUUAUAUUCCAAAAUCACCCUUUUAGUCCUGGUAGAGAAAAAAGAUUUCAUCAUAAUCACAAAGGAUUUUCUGGUCCAAUUAUAUCAAUAAUCCCAGUUGAAGCUAGAAAUAGAAAAUCAAAUAGCGAAACAAAUCAAGAAGAACCAACAUCGCCAAAAGUUUCGUGCAUUGGUCAGAUCAAACAGAGGAAGAAUCUCAAUAAAUCGAAGAAAAAGGAAUGCCCCAAAUCACUGGAAAAAAAUCCGAGUAAUAAGAAGAAGAAAUCGUCAUCAAGCUCUAAUUUUAGAAAUAUAUUUCAAAGACGAAGAAAAAUCGAUGUUAAUAAAAAUUCAAGUGAUAUUAUUUGUGAAGUAGAAAACAGAGCACCCUGUUUGAGUCAAAUGAGGAAAUAUGCUAGUGGUCGUGAAGGUAAUUUAUCGAAUUUCGAUUGGAAAAACGUACAAAUUACACCUGAUGAUCAUCGGAAAUAUUAUUCCGAUGAUGAUAGAGAUAAUUAUCGCGUUGGAGAUGAAGAUGAAGAUGAAGAUGAAGAAGAGGUAAUAAUUCCAUUUUCAGCUCCAAUUUUAGUAGGAAGAGAUAAUAGACCAAAUUUUACUUUGGAGCCAAAAAAGGAAAUUAAUUUAUGGAAAAGAAGAACUAUGACAAAACCAAAUCCUCUUCAAUUGAAAAAAUAAGUUUGUUUAGUUGAUUUUGGUGUUGUUGAUUCAUUUAAGCUUAUAAUUAGUUUACAAAUGAUCAUGUUGUAAACUAUGUUACUUGAAUCUUGGAUCUGAUACAGGUAUGACAAUAUUUUUGAAGAAUUCAACUAUUUAAGUAAUAUAGUUUAGUUUUAUUUUUAUGAAAUCCUGUAUAUAUUCAUGUUACGAUUAAAGCUUGUCCUUUUCAUUGAUU